AGCUGCGGACCGCCCCCACCCAGUUCGCAGAGAGGACAGGCUCCCGGAAUCACGCAGAAGCCAAGCUGGCCGGGGCUCGGGCUGCGGGGGACACCGGGGCUGCCCAGUCCCGCGUCUCCCGCAGCCGGAUCUUGCCCGAGCGCCUCCCGGGUCAGGAGUGGCCCGGGCGGCGUGGGAGGGGCGGCGCGGCCGGCGGUGCGCGGCGCUUCCGGGGAGCUGGGCCUGCUCGCAGCUCUUCCCCGCGGAGCCCGCGCAGCCCGCAUCGCGACUGGGCCCGCGCGCAGGCCUUACACAGGAAGCCCUUCUAAAGAGCUGCCUGCCAGCUGCCCUUGCCCAGAUCCCAAAUAUCCUCCAGGCCAGGUGGAGCAGAGAACAGUCCCUCAGCUGGUCAUGCUGAGCUCAUACCCUGAUGGCGGCUCCAUGAGGUCAAGACUGGGUUUCCUCCCUCCUCCCCCUUUACCAAUGCCUGGUCUCAGGGGGCUAGUUGUGAGCCCCACACUAUGGCAUCAUCGCCCUCCCUCCCAGCUCCUGGCUCGCGGCCUAAGAAGCCUCUAGGCAAGAUGGCUGACUGGUUCAGGCAGACCCUGCUGAAGAAGCCCAAGAAGAUGCCCGACUCCUCAGAAAGUGCACCCAGUGAUGCUUCACAGCCUACCUCACAGGAUAGCUCCGUACCCCCAAGCCACAGCUCAGUCACAUCUCCCAGCCUGCCACCCUCGCAAGCAAGUGACAGCGGCAGUAUUCGCUGGAGCAAAGACUAUGACGUCUGCGUGUGCCACAGUGAAGAAGACCUGGUGGCCGCCCAGAACCUGGUCUCCUACCUGGAAGGCAGCACUGCCAGCCUGCGCUGCUUCCUACAGCUCCGGGAUGCAACCCCAGGUGGCGCCAUCGUGUCCGAACUGUGCCAGGCACUGAGUAGUAGUCACUGCCGCGUGCUGCUCAUCACCCCAGGCUUCCUUCAGGACCCCUGGUGCAAGUACCAGAUGCUGCAGGCCCUGUCCGAUGCCCCGGGGGCCGAGGGCCGAACCAUCCCUCUGCUGUCAGGCCUCAGCAGAGCUGCCUACCCACCUGAGCUCCGAUUCAUGUAUUACGUGGAUGGCAGGGGCCCUGAUGGUGGCUUUCACCAAGUCAAAGAAGCUAUCAUGCGUUAUCUGCAGACACUCAGUUGACACCUUUAUAUCAUGGUACCCCGGAAACUGGAGUAAAGCUGGAAACAGAAAACCCAUCCAGGGCCUCGGAUUCCCAUAGAUGUGACAAGAUGUAUAGGGAGCGAGUCUGCAGCAGUCGGCCCCUGACCCUGGGAUCAGAGCACCCAUCAGGCUUCCAUUACUAAGAAGACCAGGGAGACAUUGGGGACUCCCCCAGGAAGGCCGUGAAGCUGGGGACUCCCCCAAGGAAAGCCAUGAGGAAGCUGGGGACUCCCCAAGAAGGCCAUGAGGAAGCCAGAAAUUGAAGGUGGAAGGAGGUGGUGCUGAUCAGUGAUGGUCAGCAGGGCUUGCCUCCUGACUAACUGGAUGGGAAGCCUGGCACACUCUUGAUAUCCAGUGUCCUGGUACUGGGCACUGGCGUACACUGGUAUUGCUCCAAAAGAGUGACUGAUCAGCAAGAAGCCUAGAUUUUAGGCCUCACCACGGAUGAUCUUCCCAGUUGCCUGGGGAAACCCUGGCAUGGGCAUCAGGAGAAAGCAACAGGAAUCUAGUCCUUCAUACUCACACUACUCUUCCUCUUCCCAGAGACAUUGAUUCACUUCAGAAAGCUGUGGGAAAGAUGCAGUAAGCACUGAACCGUACUUUUUAUUUAUUGCCUAAGUGCCUUUAAAGACAGAAAUCUAGAAGCCAUUUUGAAUAUGGGGAUGGCGGGGUGGAGAAAACAAGUGAAGAGAUGGGAGGCCAGGGCUCAACACCUUCACCUGAGAUCACAAGCCCAUGGAUGCUCUGACAUCUGUGAGCUUCAUCAGGGGUCUGGCUAAAGCUGAUACUUUCACAGUCACCAUCUUCACCUUUGGACUGGGAGGAAUCAACAUUUUUCUUCUGACAGAUGACUGUGUUCCUUAUAGGAUGGGCAAGGUUUCAUUCAUCCGUUCUCAGUAAGUUUGUUGUUGAACUGAAAUGAAUUUCAUUAUUUCCCUCAUUGGGUACUUUUGUGCCCCCUCUCUCACUUCUCCCUAUCAUGACCCCUCUUUUGCUGAAAAAAGCUUAUUUUUUUAUCUCUAGUUCUAGAAAAAUUAUUUUUAAUUAUAUUUUAUUAUUCACAAAAGGACUAACAUAAUUAUGUCCACUCAUGUGCCUACCACCCAGUUUAAGAAGCAAAACCUUAUUAUCCCUACAGUGGUCCCUUUGUGCCCUGAAUUGCAGUCCCCUCUUACCCCACCAGACAUAACCAGUAUUUUGAAUCUUGAACUUCUUGCUUUUAGCUUUUCUCUGUGCAUUUACUACAUAUGUAUGCACCCCCACUGGUGUUUCAUUUAGUUUUACAUGGUUUUAUAUUUUAUGUAAACAGCAUUACAAUGUUUGUAUUCUGCAGAUUCCUUUCCUUAUUCACCAAAUGUUUCUGAGAUUUAUCCAUGCGGAGUCAUAACACACCAGUUAUUAAGAAUCCACUUUCAUCCCACGAUGUAAAUAUGCCACUGUUUAGUCGCACAUUCUUCUUCAAAGGCCUAUUUGUUGUUCCCAGGUUUUUGCUAUUAAAACCAAUGAGCCUCUGAACUUUUUUGAACAUUUCCACGUGCAAGAUUUCCAGGAUUUAGCCUAGAAAAUCCUGCUGGGAUCAGGUGUGGUGGCUCAUGCCUGUAAUCCCAGCACUUUGGGAGGCCGAGACAGGUGGAUCACUUGAGGUCAGGAGUUCGAGACCAGCCUGGCCAACAUGGUGAAACCCUCUACUAAAAAUAUAAAAAUUAGCCAGGCUUGGUGGUGUACACCUGUAAUCCCAGCUACUUGGGAGGCUGAGGCAGGAGAAUUACUUGAACCUUGGAGGCAGAGGUUGCAGUGAGCUGAAAUAUCAAACCUCUACACUCCAGCCUGGGUGACAGAGCAAGACUCCAACUAAAAAAAAAAAAAAAAAAAAAAAAUCCUGUUGUGUAAUAAAUAUAUUGCUGGGUAGUAAAGAAUAUACAUACUGCUUUUCUAGAAGAUGCCAAAGUUUCUUCCAAACUGGCUGUACCAAUUUAUGUUCCUACCAUUUGUGUUUAAGAGUUCCCACUUUUCAUGUUCUUGCUAACACUUAGAAUUAUCAGAUUUUUAAAUGCUUGCUAAUCUGGUGGGUGAAAACUGGUAACCUAUUGUCAUUUUUUUUCCUUUACAUCAUUUUUAUGAAAAAAAAAAAAAAAACAUAUAUAUUAGGCAUAUACUGAAAGGAAAGUUUGAUGAAUCCCUAUGUGCCCGUCAGGUGGCUUCAGCAAUGACCAAGUGUCAGCUAAUAUUUUAUCAGCAAUACUCUACCCAUAUCCCUCAUUCCCCCAGAUCAUUUGAAGCAAAUCUCCGAAAUUAUUUUAUUCCUAAACAUUUAAGUAUGCAUCUCCAAAUUGUAGUUUUUUGUUGUUGUUGUUUCGUUGUUUUUUUGAGAUGAAUUUUUGCUCUUGUUGCCCCAGGUGGAGUACAAGGAUGCAAUCUUGGCUCACUGCAACCUCUGCCUCCCGGGUUCAAGUGAUUCUCCUACCUCAGCCUCCCAAGUAGCUGGGAUUACAGGCACCCACCACCAUGCUCGGCUAAUUUUUUGUAUUUUUAAUAGAGAUGGGAGGUUUCACCAUGUUGGUCAGGCUGGCCUUGAACUCGUGACCUUGGGUGAUCCACCCACCUCGGCCUCCCAAAGUGCUGGGAUUAUAGAUGUAAGCCACCUUGCCUGGCCAAUUAUUAAGUUUUUAAAAGUAUGACAAUAGGCCAGGCAUGGUGGUUCACACCUGAAAUCCCAGCACUUGGGGAGGCCAAGGCAGGAGGAACACUUGAGACCAGGAGUUCAAGACUAAUGUAGUAAAACUCCAUCUCUACAAAAUUAUUUAUUUUUACGAUUUUUUUUUUUUUUGAGAUGGAGUCUCACUCUGUCGCCCAGGCUGGAGUGCAGUGGUGCCAUCUUGGCUCAAUGCAACCUCCAGCUGCUAGGUUCCGGCAAUUCUCCUGCCUCAGCCUCCUGAAUAGCUGGGAUUACAGGUGCCUGCCAUCAUGCCCGGCUAGGUUUUUUUUGUAUUUUUAGUAGAGAUGGGGUUUUGCCAUGUUGGCUAGGCUGGUCUUGAACUCCUGACCUCAAGUGAUCCAUUGCUUUGGCUUCCCAAAAUUCUGGGAUUACAGGCAUGAGCCACCACACCCAGCCCAAAAAUUUUUUAAAAAAAUAAACCAGGUGUCAUGGCAUGUGCCUGUAAUCCAGGCUACUUGGAAGGCUGAGGUAGGAAUCCUGCUUGAGCCCAGAAGGUCAAGGCUGCAGUGAGUGUUGUGAUUGUACCACUGCACUCUCCACACUGGAUGACACAGCAAGACUGUAUUGGGGGAAAAAAAAAAGUAUGACACAGGAGGCUGAGGCAGCAGAAUUGCUUGAACCCAGGAGGCAGAGAUUGCAGUGAGCCAAGAUUGCACCACUGCACUCCAGCCUGGCGCCUGGCGACAGAGCAAGACUCUGUCUCAAAAAAAAAAAAAAAAAAAAAAAGUAUGACAAUUGUAUCUACUGAAGAAGUUGUGUUUUUUUCACUUAAAAAAAUUUUUUUUGGAGACAGAAUCUUGCUCUGUUUGUUGCCCAGGCUGGAGUACAGUGGCAGGAUCUUAGCUCACUGCAACCUCUGCCUUCCAGGUUCAAGUGAUUCUCCUGCCUAAGUCUCCCAAGUAGCUGGGAUUACAGCCGUGUGCCACCACACCCAGCUAUUUUUUGCAUUUUUAGUAGAGACAGGGUUUUACCACGUUGGCCAGGCUGGUCUUGAACUCUUGAAUCAGGUGAUCCACCUGCGUCAGCCUCCCAAAGUGCUGGAAUUACAGGUAUGAACCACCAUCCUCGGCCUAAAAUAGUAUUUUACCUGUUACUUUGUAGUCUGAGUUUUUCGUGUUUUACUCAGGAAUUCUUCUCAUACAUCUGUAUUUUCUUCUAUAUUUCUUUUCAUAUUUAGGUCUUUAAUCCACCUAGAUUUCUUAUUUGAGAAUAACCAUCAUUUAUGAGUCCAUCCUUACCCCCCCUACCAAGUAUGAUGUCACUGCUGUCACAUAUUGUCCUAUGUGGGGGGCUGUUACUGGGUUCUCCAGUCUCCUGUCCUUAACUGUUUGUGUAUCCCUGUGCUGGUGCCAUACUGGCUUGCUUACUGAUGUUUCUAAUAAGCCUUGACCAUUUGUAGGACAAUUCUUCCUGCUCUCUUUUUUUUUGAGACAGAGUUUCGCUGUUGUUACCCAGACUGGAGUGCAAUGGCACGAUCUCGGCUCACCGCAACCUCCGCCUUCUGGGUUCAAGCAAUUCUCCUGCCUGAGCCUCCCGAGUAGCUGGGACUACAGGCACACACCACCAUGCCCAACUAAUUUUUGUAUUUUUAGUAGAGACGGGGUUUCACCUUGUUGACCAGGAUGGUCUCGAUCUCUUGACCUCAGGAUCCACCCACCUCGGCCUCCCAAAGUGCUGGGAUUAUAGGCGUGAGCCACCGCGCCCAGCCCUUCCUGCUCUUAUCCAUGAAAAUCAUUUUGACUUUUCUUCUUCUUUUACUCUUUCAUAUAAUUUUUUUUUUUUUUGAGAUGUAGUUUUGCUCUUGUUGCCCAGGCUGGAAUGCACUGGCACCAUCUCAGCUCACUGCAACCUCUGCCUCCUGGGUUCAAGUGAUUCUCCUGCCUCAGUCUCCCAAGUAGCUGGGAUUACAGGCAUUUGCCACCAUGCCCGGCUACUUUUUUGUAUUUUUAGUAAAGACAGUGUUUUACUAUGUUGGUCAGGCUGGUCUCGAACUCCUGGCCUCAGGUGAUCCACCUGCUUCGGCCUCCCAAAGUGCUAGGAUUACAGGUGUGAGCCACCUUGCCAGGCAUAUAAAUUGUUUAUUCAACCAUGAGGUUUCAGGAAAAAGCCCGUUAGUAUUUUUAUUGGACUUAUAUAGAUUUUAUAGAUUUUGAAAGAACAGAUAUUUUUAUGAGUCUUCCUAUUCACAAAAAUAGUUAUGUCUCCAUUUACUUAUGUAUUUAAGUGUAUUUCAAUAAAGCUUUCUAUAUUUUC